GGUUCUGCAGGAGAAGGUAAAUCCGAUGCCUGUGCAGAAAAGAACUUUACAGCCUGGUUGAGGAAGAAAAAAGAAGAUCUUCAAGUAAUGGCAUGUUCUGCUCCUAAGGAACUUUUCGAGGGUUCUGGGGAAUUCGAAGAUGAAUUUAGAAGAUACCUUCCUGACUACAUGGACAUGUUACAACAAGUGGAUUCAAUCAAUGACUAUGAGGAGUGUGUUUCUCUGAAAAGAGAAUGGCUAUUUGAGAAAUUGAAGAUAGAAUUCAGAUCUAAGUAUGGCAUGAACAGCUGUGCCCACCCUUAUAUGUCGACCAUCUUUUCUCUGUGGCAAAGAAAACGUUCAACAAAUGGUAUCACAGUCAACAGAAAUCAAGGAAAAUUUGUUAGCGAACUAAUCAAACUCAAGCCUUUCAUUAAGGCCUCUGAUUCUACUUCUGCAAUUGUUCAUCGCCUCAAAGAAUCCAGAGAUAGAAGAUGAGUGUCCUGCCUUUGCUAUAUUGUCAUCAGUCUGUUUUCCACGUGAUAUAUUAUUUCUCUGGGAACCUGUUUUUCAUCCGCUGAUACGUGAGCUUGAAUAAUAUUUUUUAUUUAGAGCCACAUGGACCUACUUUUGAGGAUAGUCGAUCAAUAUACCUACGCGAAUGAAAGAGAACAGUGCCAGCAAGUAGUACCAGAUACAAGUGAUUUUGAAUCACAUUUGCAGCCUUAUGCAGACGUGUAUUUCGAGUCUAAGCUUAAGGAGAAAAAGUAUUAUUUCGCAAUCGAGCAAAUACACUUGCAUAAAAAGUUCGACGGACAUUUGGCUUCUGGUGUGCUAGAUGGCUGUAUGGAUGAGUUUAGAUCUUCGAAGGAUGACUUUGUAAAGGAUCUUGUUCAGGACGAGAUGGUGAGAAUGCAGCUUUCAGAUUUGCACCAUGAACUCAUAAAGUUAUCUUUGGAGCGGAGAGAUGAGCUUGUGAACAUCCAGCAUCAAGUUAUCACAUAUUCUGAAUGUUUAAGAACCCUCAUAAAGAAUGAGCCGCUGAAACGUCAACUCGGGGCUUUGGUGAAGGAGCUUGAAGAAAAAGGCUUUUUCAACACUGCCAAUAAUUCUGUUGAUUGGGAGAAUAAGAUCUUUUCAGAACGUGUAGAUAAAUUCAACAACGAAGUUUUUACUGGGCGUCACCUCCCCAAAUACUAUGUGAUCAGAGGAAUUAUUGAUUAUCGUUCAAUCUUGAUGCGCAAGGGUAGCUCUCAGCAGGCCGCUUUUAGUGAGGUAGACUAUUUCCCCUUUUUGCAGUUCAACAUCAAUGAACUAGACAGCUUAUUGAUUGCUUCUAUUAGGUUGUUGAUGAAGUAUGUGACAGGUGGAUUGAAAGUUGCGAAGAGUUCUGGAUGGAGACAAGCUAUUAUGAGCACCUCUUCUAUGAUAUUGUUAGACGACCUCUGGAACAGGUCUUUACAACAGAUACAGUGAGCAGAUAUUGAGAAAAAGAGGGGUGACAUGACUGCCCCCUAAGUGGCAGGCUUAAGAUAGGGCUCAUCUGUCUUUCUCGAACUUAACAUGCAUGUACAGCUGACAAGGUCAACUUAAGUUUUACUAGGAUUAUCUUGAAUUGAGUGCAUGUAUGCCGCGCCACAUAUCCUCUGUUCUUUCUUGCUUUUGGCCUGCAUUUGAUGCCAUCCUUCAAGUUGAGUCACAUCUUCUUUUCUUUGGCGAAUAA